UCCUUGCAAGCAAACGAGACUUGAAGAGCGAGGACGGCCUCCCUAAAAAGAAGCGAGGACCGGGGUGAGGGGUGAGGACCGAGUAGUUUGAAUUCUCAAAGAUGAGGAUUGGCUUCCUGAUCGGAAUGAUAGGGCUUGCAAUUCUGGGUCACGCAGCUUACUCUACCAUUCAGUAUAGAGGUUUGUUGAAGAUCCUGGAGGAAGAAUUCUCGGGACCUCCUAUGAAUGUGGUGGUUGAGCUGCUUCUAGGUUUAGUUUUCUGUAUGUUUGCGGCGUUAAGUGUGCCGGGAGAAUUCCUAUCCAUACUUCCUGAUUCGGAUGAGAACAGGAUAGUUUCAUUACCAGACAACCUAGACUUCAUGGUCUUUAACCAUCGUGGCAAAGUAUUUCCCUCAGAGAUGGAUAUGAAGAUCAAACUUUAAAUGUGAGUCCAAAUCAAGAUAUAAUAUUUGUCAACUGGUGGCUGAUUUAUGAGGGGCACACCCACUUUAGUUCUGAAACCACCAUUAUCGAAUUUUGGAUAGUGACACCUUUGUGAUGAUUUUCUUAACGCGUUACAGUUUUGGGUUACAUCAGACUUUUAUUUUUAGACCGGUUGUGAGCCGGAUUUGAUGUCUACACUUUAUCGUGCAAGUUGGAAAUAUUUACUUAAGGCAAAAUAUGUUAAAACUAGAUUGCAAUUGGAAUGAGGGGUAUCAACUCUUUCAGUGCAA